UAUAAAAUGAUUCGAACUUUUGUAGUUUCCGUAGUGCUUACGAUUGUGAUAGUGUCUAGGGUCAGGACAGCACCUGCUUAUCAUCACUCGCGGGGUCCUCGCUAUACUAUGAGUAAUGCACCAGACAACCACAAGGCGCCAUAUAUUGAGGUGCGGAAUUCCACUUACCACGGCUACGGGCCCCGCGAGGAGGCACGGGCCAUGUGUUCAGUGAAGACACACGAGGUCAAUGCUACCGCCAAUGCCACAAUCACGAGGAGAUUGCACGGAGUAGUCACUUCCAAAGAAUUACAUUCGUCUAUCCAACGGCUAGAAGUCAUAAUAUUCGGUCAAAUGCAACAGUUGUGGCAGAGUUUGGACGCAUUGCGGUUGCAGUUGGGAGGUGACACAAAAGCGCCACUGGUGGACAGGCGGACUGUUUCAUUUAGAUAUAAACCCAAUUUCAAAUAACAAUUUAUACGGCUUUAGAGGUGUAUAGAUGAAUAUUUAUAACCUAUUUAUUUUCUUAGUAUGUCUAGAUAGGUAUGAAAGUAAAUCUGUUGUUUUGGGAUCAGUGUUUCGGAGUAUUGAGUACAAUAUUUAUUUAAAUUAAAUGAUUUUACUGCUUGAAUAUUAACAUAAUAAUAAAAAAAAUCAAUCUCAUAAUCAUCGGGUAAUCUCUAUUAGCUAAUCACUGCCUUUAUUACUAUUUUAUUUAGUUUGAUAUUAAACAUAGUACCAUAGAUCAUUGUGAUCAUAGGGACCUAA